ACAAUUCAGGAGGCCGAUCUAGCAAAAGAAAAAAAAAAGGAGUCUCAAGAUUAAUUGAAGCAUGUCCUUCUGCAUGCUGCUCUGCCUGCUGAUGUUGCUGAAUCAUGCCACUGCAGAAGUGCAUCAUCAUGAGUUUGUGGUGCAAACAACGCCAGUGAAGAGGCUGUGCAAGAAUCACAACAUCAUCACUGUGAAUGGCCAAUACCCUGGACCCACCCUCAAGGUUCGUAACGGCGACUCGCUGAUCAUCAAAGUCCUCAACCGCGCACAAUACAACGUCACCAUGCAUUGGCAUGGAGUUCGGCAAAUGAGAACGGCAUGGGCCGAUGGACCAGAGUUUGUGACCCAGUGCCCGAUUAGGCCGGGAGGAAGUUACACUUAUCGGUUUACCAUCGAAGAGCAAGAAGGCACGCUGUGGUGGCAUGCCCAUAGCUCCUGGCUCAGAGCCACUGUGCAUGGAGCUCUCAUCAUCUACCCGAAACUUAGCUCAUCCUAUCCGUUCUUUAACCCCAACACGGAAUACUCCGUCAUCCUGGGGGAUUGGUGGAACGAGGAUCCGGUUCGUGUAGUCCGGCGAGCGACGAGGACCGGAGCGGCCCCAAAUCUCUCGGAUGCCUUCACAAUCAACGGCCAACCUGGUGAUCUCUACAAAUGUUCUAGUGAAGAAACGACGGUGUUCAAGGUAACGUCGGGAGAGACGUACCUGCUGCGGUUCAUCAACGCUGCCCUCAACAAUGAGCUCUUCGUCAGCAUCUCCGGGCACUCGAUGACGGUGGUGGCUGCAGACGCGUUCUACACCAAGCAGUUCACCACCUCAACCCUCAUGCUUGCUCCUGGUCAGACCACCGACGUCCUGCUCACCGCAAACCUGCAGCCGGGUGGACGCUACUACAUGGCCGCCCACGCCUACGCCAGCGCGCAGGGAGUCGCCUUCGACAACACUACCACUACCGCCAUCCUUGAAUACGUCCACCCCUCCGGCUGUCCCAACUCACCGUCCUCCUCCGAGGCCAAAAACACCCGCACUCCAGCCUUCCCCGUGCUCCCGGCCUUCAAUGACACCCGUGCAGCAGUAGCCUUCGCCGCUGGCAUCCGUAGCCCGGGUCCCGUGAAGCUCCCAGGUCCUGUCGACAACCACCUCUUCUUCACAGUCGGCCUUGGUCUCUUCAACUGCCGGACCAGGCGCCGCUGCAGAGGCCCGAACGGAACGCGCUUCGGAGCCAGCAUGAAUAACGUCUCCUUUCAGCUUCCUACCCGCCUCUCCAUCCUGGAAGCACACCACCGCGGAGUGGGCGGGGUGUUCACCUCGGACUUCCCAGCCGCGCCGCCACGGCAGUUCGACUACACGGCGGCGAACGUGAGCCGGGUGCUGUGGCAGCCGGUGCCGGGCACGAAGGUGUACCGGUUGAAGUACGGGUCGGUGGUCGAGCUAGUGCUCCAGGGGACCAACAUAUUCGCGGGAGAGGAGCACCCGAUGCACAUCCACGGCUACCACUUCCACGUCUUGGCGACGGGGUUCGGCAACUUCGACCCGCAGCGAGACGCAUCGCUGUUCAAUCUCGUGGAUCCGCCGGUACGGAACACGGUGGGGGUGCCGGUGAAUGGGUGGGCUGUGAUCCGGUUCGUGGCUGAUAAUCCCGGGGUGUGGCUGGUGCACUGCCACCUGGAUGUUCACAUCACCUGGGGACUUGCCAUGGCCUUCCUCGUCGAGAAUGGCGUCGGCCAGUUGCAGUCGCUGGAGCCACCUCCGGCAGAUCUUCCGCGCUGUUGAUCAGUACUAGUGCGAUCGUCUACUUCAGAGUGCGGAAAUUUGUCUCUCAUUUAGAAUUUUCAAUUAAUCUGUGUCAUGCAUGCAUUGACCUUUCCUCCCCCUGUUCGUAAUAUACGGUUAUCGAUAUGAUUUGGUUUGCA